AUGGCAGGCACGAUGGGAUUAAAAUUACCUCUUGAAGUGCUGAAAGAGGCUCAACACUCAGUUCUCUUGGACACGGCACGUAUUGCAUCGCAAGGCGUCUUGAAUCCGACAUCUAUCCACAUAUCACAGAAACAAUUGAAAGUAGCAGAUCGUUUUUAUCCGCAAUUGAUUGCCGACCCGAAUUGCGGACGGCCUCAAGUGAACAGGGCUUUAAGAUGGAGCAGCGGAAUAGAAGGUCAUGAUGUUUUUCCUGGUACUAACAUCUCUUCGUCUGCAACUGGGCGAAGGUUAGAUUCUGGGACACACCUAACGCCGACGGUGAAGAGAUACCUUGCAUAUAAAAUACAACAUAAUGGGCGUUAUCACAAACCUCCGAAUCCGGUUCCACAAGGGUUGACGGAUGCAAAUGGCAAUGCUUAUAACCCAACAACAGCGCAGGGACAAAAGUCUUAUCCAAAUACAUGUGAAUUAUCAGACGCUACUAAUUAUAGUAUGGAAGUUACCAGACCUAUUGGAGAGCUACCCCCAGGGAGAUUUGUAAAUUCUUUAGGUGAAUAUUACAGUAAAGCUGUUGAUGCUUAUGGAAACAUUCAAUAUCAGCAGGAGAUUCGUCUACCAUGGGAUUUGCAGAGGCCUAGAGGGUUCUUCAGGCCAGCCACAUUGGAUGAAGCAGCAGGGCCGAGUCGAAUUCGUAAAUGCGUGAUGUGUGAUUACCCAGUUGACAAAGAAAGAGCCAAAACCCGCGACAUUCGCUAUUGCCCUGACUGCUACUAUUAUUUUUAUGGCUGGAAGAUAACUGAAGAAUGGGCAUAGUAAAGGUGGGCUCACCCAGCCCUCUCAUUAUUCUUUUAAUUUUAAUAUUUUAUAAUUCGCCUUAUAUCGCUUUAAUAAUUUGACUGAUUGAUGUUUGAACAAUCACAUAAAAUAUGUUUUUAGUUUUACAGUUUGUUAUUAUAGGUAUAUAUGAAUAUCUACUCUGAUGCAAAGUUAAUUGGUUUCAAAUCUUAGGUAUCGUUGCAUAUAUAUAUGCAUAUAUAUAUA